AGCCACCGCCACAAGUCUUUCCGCCUCCCCAGCCUUCCUAGGAGCUGGGAGCUGGAUUACGGUGGCCUGACCAGCACACGCAGCUGCGGCCGCCCGGAGCCCCUGCGCCUUGCCCCGCCGCCCGGCCAGCCAGAGGACCGAGAAGCCCGCGGCCGCCGACCGGCCAUGCCCGCCCCUCCCAGCCGCCCGGGGGGCCCGAACCGUCCUCUCCCAGACCUCCGCUGAGGCUGGGCGCCACUGGCCAGAUGUAGCCGGCUUCGGAUCCGUCUCCUCCCCUCUCUCUCUGCGGAUCUCUCCUGUCUGAUCCCCACAGCCUGCACCCGGGGGCCGGCGAGGGGCCUGCAGGCUCCGGAGCCCUGAUGCCUCGCAGCCCACUGUCCUGAGCGGCCACCACCGGCUCCCGGAGUUGAGGGCAGCAACAGGGCCGGACGUGGUCCCGGAGUGCGCCCAGAGGGCCCCAGAGGUCAGGCCCACCAUGGCCCAAGCGCUGCCCUGGCUCCUGCUGUGGAUGGGCUGGGGAGUGCUGCCCGCCCGCUGCUCCCAGCCCGGCAUCCGGCUGCCCCUGCGAAGCGGGCUGGGGGCGCCCCCCCUGGGGCUGCGGCUGCCCCGGGAGACCGCGGAGGAGCCGGAGGAGCCCAGCCGGAGGGGAAGCUUUGUGGAGAUGGUGGACAACCUGAGGGGCAAGUCCGGUCAGGGCUACUACGUGGAGAUGACCGUGGGCAGCCCCCCACAGACGCUCAACAUCCUCGUGGACACAGGCAGCAGUAACUUUGCGGUGGGGGCUGCCCCCCACCCUUUCCUGCAUCGCUACUACCAGAGGCAGCUGUCCAGCACGUACCGGGACCUCCGGAAGGGCGUGUAUGUGCCCUACACCCAGGGCAAGUGGGAGGGGGAGCUGGGCACCGACCUGCCGGAUGACUCCCUGGAGCCGUUCUUUGACUCCCUGGUAAAGCAGACCCAUGUUCCCAACCUCUUCUCCCUGCAGCUCUGUGGUGCAGGCUUCCCACUCAACCAGUCGGAAGUGCUAGCCUCAGUUGGAGGGAGCAUGAUCAUCGGGGGUAUCGACCACUCACUGUACACGGGCAGCCUCUGGUACACACCCAUCCGGCGGGAGUGGUACUACGAGGUCAUCAUCGUGCGGGUGGAGAUCAACGGGCAGGACCUGAAAAUGGACUGCAAGGAGUACAACUACGACAAGAGCAUCGUGGAUAGUGGCACCACCAACCUUCGUUUGCCCAAGAAAGUGUUUGAAGCUGCCGUCAAAUCCAUCAAGGCAGCCUCCUCGGUCAGUGGGACUCAGGGCAGGGGUACAAGAGAUGAUACAGUGUCAGAGGAAGUCCGUGAAGGUCACAGCCCUCAGCAAGAGCCAAGCUGUCUACCCUUAGAUCCUUCUACUUCAAUGUCUUCAGAGCGAGUCUUUGACGGGCCUUGGCGUGCUCAUCACACAGGCCCCCUUGUGCAGAGUUUUGGCCUCCCUCUCCAGCUCUGUUCCCCUAAUUCUUGGGUUUCAGUGUACUUUCCCCCAGUUUGGACACUCCAUAGAAAAGCAAAAAGAGGGCCCAGUAAGUGUUAUCUGAGAGCGGGAGAAACGAGAUGGCAGAAGAGGCGGAUUCCUUACUGUUCCCCUUUCUUGACCACACAGACGGAGAAGUUCCCGGACGGGUUCUGGCUGGGGGAGCAGCUGGUGUGCUGGCAGGCGGGCACCACCCCUUGGAACAUUUUCCCGGUCAUCUCCCUCUACCUAAUGGGCGAGGUCACCAAUCAGUCCUUCCGCAUCACCAUCCUUCCACAGCAAUACCUGCGGCCAGUGGAAGACGUGGCCACGUCCCAAGAUGACUGCUACAAGUUCGCCAUCUCACAGUCCUCCACGGGCACUGUGAUGGGAGCUGUGAUCAUGGAGGGCUUCUACGUCGUCUUUGAUCGGGCCCGAAAGCGAAUCGGCUUUGCUGUCAGUGCUUGUCAUGUGCACGAUGAGUUCAGGACGGCAGCGGUGGAAGGCCCAUUUAUCACCCCAGACAUGGAAGACUGUGGCUACAACAUCCCACAGACAGACGAGUCGACCCUCAUGACCAUAGCCUACGUCAUGGCGGCCAUCUGCGCCCUCUUCAUGCUGCCGCUCUGCCUCAUGGUGUGCCAGUGGCGCUGCCUCCGCUGCCUGCGCCAUCAACACGAUGACUUUGCUGAUGACAUCUCCCUGCUGAAGUGAGGCGGCCCAGGGGCAGGAGACCGAGGUUUCCCUGGGCUGCAUCUGGUGGUUCACUUUGGUCACAAGUGGGAGACACUGAUGGCAUUGGUGGCCAGAGCACCCCGAGACCCUCACCUGCCCACCAGAUGCCUCUGCCUUGACAAAAAAGGAAAAGCGGGCAAGGUGGGUUACAGGAGUGGCACCUGUAGGAAACAUGAGACGGAAGAAAGAAGCACUCUGGUGGUGGGAAUACUCUUAGGCACCUCAGGCCUGAGCUGGGAAAUUCUGCUGCUUGACACUUCAGCCUUGAACCUUUGCCCACCGUCCCUUUGGAUUCUCCAACCCAAAGUAUUCUUCUUUUCUUAGUUCCAGAAGUAGCGGCAUCACAGCCACAUCACCCCAGAGUGUGUCUCUCUGCAGAGAAAGGGCCAAUGUCGUUCCCCUGCUGGCCCAAGUCAGUAGGAACGGAUGCACAGUUUGCUAUUUGCUUUAGUAAUAGGGACUGUAUAAACAAGCCUAACAUUGGUACAAAGAUUGCCUCUUGAAUUAAACAAAAAAUAAUGAGACUGAAUAUUUGUACAGAUGGGGGCGGUUGGAAGAGGAGAGGAGAGGGAGCACAAAGACAGGGAACAGCGGGGAUUGGAGCUAGAAAAGGCAGAACCACGACCCCUUGCCAGUCCCAGUUUCGGACGGCAUCUCCAAGAAAAGCCCAUCCUGGAAGAUGGGUGUUGCUGCCCAGUGUUUUCUUUUCUGUGGUUGUAGCCUGACCAAAAGUGAGUUGGGAAGAAGGGCUUACCUAGCCAAAAAGCUCUUUUUAACUCUCUUAAAUGAAAAGUGCCCACUAAGAAGUUCCAUCUGACAACUCAAUUUCUACCUGAAAGAUUGCACUUGUCUCUACCCUAACCCUUUGCCCCACACGUGAUACAUAACACUGACAUUUCCCACCCCACCCCCAGCGCCCUAGGAGGAAGCAACUGGAACACAGCAAAUAGAGCAGAGCUGGGCUCUGUCUUCCUGCUUACGUGUUCACUCCCUACCCCAAAUCCCUAUCCCUCUGCAGCUCUGCAGCUGAGGUGCUAAGAGGGAUAGACAGGAGACCUCUCUAAUUUAACCCUCGCAGGCAGAAUCUACCAGAUUCACUCAAUAGGUACAGGUACGGUACCUCUGCCCAGAUCUCUUUCUGUUCAGUUGAGCGUAGCAGUAAGAUCUCCACAUGACACAGAGCUGUUUCAUCACCUUCUCUCCCCUCCGAUGUACCCUCCAUUACUUUGGCACCCCACAGUGGCACUAGUAUUAUACCCAGUGUCCGGACCGCGGGGCUUUAUGGCUUUACCAUCAUUGCCUUCGGUAACAAGGCUGCUGGAGAAAGGCUGGCAGCCCCAGGGCUUCCAUACUUCCUUCACCUCCAGAGCUCCUUAGGGGAGGGGACCCUUCUCCCCUAUUCUACUCUCUACUCCCCACUCCAAAUAGUACUUGGCUACCCAGGCUGGUUCUUGGGCUAGGUAGUGGGGACCAAGUUCAUUUCCUCCCCAUCAGUUCUAACACAGUCAACUCUGAUACCAGUGUUAGCGGAAGACGUGAUUCUCCUAGUAGACCCACCGGGUCCUGUUGCUAACUUGUCAACACACUGCUUCCAGGUAUGGGACCUGCCUGCCGAGUGUGGAAUUACCUGAUGAGGGAAAGGGAAAUACAGGAGGGCCUCUGGAGAUCCUGGCUUCAGCCAGCUGCCCACAAGCCAUAAACCAAUAAAAAAAGAAUACUGAAUCACAGUUCUUUAUCCGGGUUCUCUUCAUUCCCCUUGCUCUUGGUGCUGCUUUGGACGACUGGGAACACCCCCUCCUAACUACAAAGACUGUCAGGAAGACUGGAGACUGUUUCCAGCUCGGAACUUACUGUGUAAAUAAAACUUCCAGAACUGCUACCAUGUAAUGAAAACGCCACAUUCUGCUUUAUAAUUUCUAUCCAUGUUGGGGAAAACUGGCUUUUUCCCAGCUCUUUCCAGGGCAUAAAACUCAACCCCUUCAUUAGUAAGUCCCAAUGUCCUAUUUUUUUUUUUUUAACUUGUACGUACUUUUCUUUUUACAGUUGCUUCUUUUCUAUCCUGAAACUAUUAAGUCUAAGUAUAUAUAUAAAAAAAAAUCUUGACAACAGUUUCUUGCUUGUAAAAAUACUAUAUAUCUCUAUUUUUAGAAUCGACUCCUGAAAAGUGACUGUCCCACCUCUACUCACCGCAUUAGAGGCCUUUCCCACCAAUCUGCAUGGCUUCUACCCCCACAGGCCAGGAGACAGAGGGAAAAGGGAGAGCAUGGGUGCCCCAAACUUAAAUGUUGCUUUCUGACUGAUCCCGAACAAGACAGAGAAGACAGCAACAGUGAGGCCCCAACUUCCACACUCCCCAGACAUCUGUCCCCCUGCUACCGUUGGCUUUCAAGGGGCUUUUACGAGGAAGCUGUUAAGUCCCCUCCCACUUAUUCCUUUCUUCUCUCUAUACUCCUUUGGCUUCAAGUAUUUGUAGAAAAGAAAGAGAAUGGCAUUUAUACCCAUACUUAAUUUCUAGACUUUUAGGGAAUACUGAAAAACACUCCCGGUGGCCUAAAGGCUACUGCAAAGUUGAUGAGAGAGAGUAUCUUUUGAUUACAAGAGAAAAAGUAAAUGCCCCCAGAUGAAAAGAACAAAGGAACCGGUCUUCCAUUUUGCCACAUUUCCACUCGUGAUAGCUACAAACUGGACAUUAAUAUUUCAUUAACCAAAGAAGUGGGUCACCUGACCUCUACAGAGGGGAGAACUCAGGCCAUUUCAAUCACCCCACAAGAUGCCAAUGUGGUCCUGGGAAGUCCAGCUCCUGAAAAUGAAGCCAGUCAACAAGCCUGAGCAAGGAAGGCAGGAGAAGGGAAAGACUGCAUCUAAGAGACUAAUGGGCAAGGAUGAAGGACAAAGAAGGAAAAGAUAAAAAACAGAGAGCAGGGAAUAUAAUUGGAUCUGAAAGGGAGAGGCUUUGCUACCCUGAUAGUACUGCUAGUGCCAGGAAGCAUUUCCAGGUCACAGAAGGGGAAAAACUGAGCUGUUGGUAAUAUAACAACGUCCUUCCCCUGGAGCUGAUUUUUUUUUUUUUUUUUUAAUUAAGACUUGGUUUCUCCUUGUUUAAUUC